AAAUAACCACUAUGGGAUGCCAAAUAUGUACUGUAUCCCCCUUUUAAUUGUUAAGAAGACGUGAUUAUUUAAAACCUCAUGGUGCUCUUGAGGACAUCUAAACCUUUUUGAUAAGAGGAAAAUAAAAAUAUUGGGCGCUAUGAAUGUUUUGAAUAACCCUGAGGUGUAUUUGCCGCUUUAAAAGAGUUAAGUGUAAUUUACAACUAACUGGCAACGUGAGAGCAGUAAUAGAAUUUCCGGUUCCUUUUUCUGCAGUCAUUCGCCAUUUUGUUCUAGUCGACAGGGCGACAUAGUUUUAGUUGCAGCUGAACAGCGCCGUAAACAACAACACCAAAGGAGCUUUAUUUGGAGAGAUAACUUGCACAGAACUAUGAGUGGCAGUCGUGUCUUCAUCGGCCGCUUGAGCCCACACGCCAGAGAGAGAGAUGUAGAGAAGUUUUUCAAAGGAUACGGACGGAUCAGAGAAAUUAACUUGAAGAAUGGGUUUGGCUUUGUGGAAUUUGAUGACCACAGAGAUGCAGAUGAUGCUGUUUAUGAGUUGAACGGGAAAGAACUGUGCAGUGAAAGGGUCACCAUUGAGCAUGCUCGCUCCAGGAGAGGAAGAGGAGGAGCUGUGCCUGGAAUGGGACGUUUCAGCAACAGCUAUCGCCAGUCUCGCAGCAGCGGCUCCAGAUAUGGCCCUCCUGUACGAACUGACCACAGACUCAUUGUGGAGAACCUCUCAUCCCGGAUCAGCUGGCAGGACCUGAAAGACCUGAUGAGAAAAGCAGGAGAGGUUACUUUUGUGGACGCACACAGACCAACCAAAAACGAAGGGGUGGUUGAGUUUGCCUCCCGAAGUGACAUGAAGAACGCCAUCUCAAAGCUUGACGGGACAGAACUGAACGGACGCAAGCUAAAGAUCUUUGAGGACAGCAGGAGUAGGAGCCGUUCCCGCAGUUACUCCCGCUCCAGGAGUCGUUCCAGAAGCCGCAGCCGCUCCCGGAGUCGUUCCAGGAGCCGCUCCAGGAGCCGCUCCCGAAGUGGAGCUCCUCGCUGUACUGUGAACCAUCGAUGGCACUCGCGA